GAAGAAUUAAACUUCGGUUCCGUUGGCUUAGCGAAUGGAUGGUGGGAUCGGUCACUGGUUAGUCAAAGUACAGGCGCCGGAGAGACAAAUCCCCGCAGGUAAAAAGAGAGAAAGAAAAAACUGUGGUUUACUGUAACAUCUGAAUGGAUGUGAACAUGCAGACGUGCGAGGUUGACACAAAUAUCUUGGAGAAAAGGAUCAUAAAUGUUAAGGAGGAGGACUGUGAAUGGGAAUCGGCCCAUCAUAAAGGGGAGAGUCUGGGCAUUAAGGAUGAGGAGUGUGAACUGGGAUCAGUGGAAAUUAAAGAAGAGGCUGAAGAGAAGUCUGUCAACAUUAAGAUUCACAAAAAUAAAGCUGUGGAGAGUGUCAAGGAAGAAGAACUUCAUUAUGGGUGUCAAGAUGGAUUGAUGACUGCGUUAGUCUCUUCUCAAAGCAGAAACUGUUCAUCUGUCAACAUGAAGUCUGAAUCCUCACAGUCUGACAUGAAGGAAAUUGAGGAAAAUACAUCUGUUAGAACUCACGAAGAUCAGCCACCACUUACAAAUCAGCCUGAUACACGAGGAAACUCUCACUGCUGUUUUGAAUGUGGAAAAUUAUUUUGUAAUGUGCACUGUCUUCAGAGCAAAAAAGUCAUUCACACAGGAAAGAAACUAUAUUGCUGUUUGGAAUGUGGCAAACAAUUCCGUGGCAACUUCCAACUUCAGCGCCACGAAAGAAUUCACACUGGAGAGAAGCCAUAUUACUGUGUGGAAUGUGGGAAACAGUUUCGUUGCAGUAGUCAACUUAAGUGCCACAAAAGAUUUCACACUGGAGAAAAGCCUUAUUGCUGUUUGGAUUGUGGGAAACAGUUUAGUCACAGUGGUAGUCUUCAACGCCACGAAAGAAUUCACACUGGAGAGAAGCCAUAUUGCUGUUUGGAUUGUGGUGUGCGAUUCUCAUGUUCCACCAGUCUUCAGAGCCACAAAAGAAUUCACACUGGAGAAAAGCUAUUUAGCUGUUUAGAAUGUGGCCGGAAAUUCUACGAUGAGAAGAGUCUUCAGAGUCACAAAAGAAUUCACGCUGGAGAUAAGCCAUAUUGCUGCUCUGAAUGUGGACGACGAUUCAUAAAUAUCAGCCGUCUGAAGACUCAUACUACAUUACACACUGGAGAGAAACCCUAUUGCUGUUUGGAAUGUGGCAAAAAAUUCCGUAGCAAGAGUCAUCUUCAGAGCCAUAGUAAUGUUCACACUGGAGAAAAGCCAUUUUGCUGUUCUGAAUGUGGCCAAAAAUUCACAAAUAUCAGAAAACUUAGGACCCACACUGCAGCCCACACUAGAGAGAAUCCAUUUUGCUGUUUGGAAUGUGGUGUGAGAUUCUCAAGUUCCUCCAGUCUUGAGAGCCACAUAAGAAUUCAUACUGGAAAAAAGGUAUUUAGCAGUUUAGAAUGUGGCCAGCAGCUCUAUAGCAAGAGAAAUCUUCAGAUUCACAAAAGAAUUCACACCGGAAAGAAGCCAUAUUGCUGUUCUGAAUGUGGCCAACAGUUCACAAAUACCAGCAAACUUAAGACCCACUCUGCAGUCCACACUAAAGAGAAACCAUAUUGAUGUUUGGAAUGUGGCAGAUAUUCUGUCCCAAGAGUAAUCUUCAGAGCCACACUAAAGUUCACACGGGAGAAAAGCCAUUUUGCUGUUUGGAAUGUGGCAAACAGUACUCUGACGGGAACUACCUUAAGAAACGCACUAAGAUUCACACUGGAAAGAACCCCUUAGGUGUGACUUAGAGGGAGAAGGAGUCAAAAAUUCACCCACCUAACUGUUCAAAUCUUGAUGAGUACAUCCUUGUGGUGGGCUUCAUUGUACAGCCAUGGUCAAAAGUUUUGAGAAUGAUACAGCUAUUAAUUUUCACAAAGUUUGCUGCCUUAGUUUUUAUGCAUAUACUCCAGAAUGUUAUGAAGAGUGAUCAGAUGACUUGCAAUCAAUUGUGAACUCCCUCUUUGUCAUUAAAAUGAACUUAAUCCCAGAAAACUAAUUUCCACUGCAUUUCAGCCCGGCCAAAAAAAGGCCCUGCUGACAUCAUUUCAGUGAUCAUCUCAUUAACACAGGUGAGAGUGUUGACGAGGACAAGGCUGGACAUCACUCUGUCAUACUGAUUGAGUUAGAAUAGCAGACUGGAUGCUUUAAAAGCAGGGUGCUGCUUGAAAUCAUUGUCCUUUCUCUGUUAACCAUGGUUACCUGCAAGGAAACAAGUGCAGAUAUCAAUGUUUUGCACAAAAGGGGUUUCACAGGCAAAUAUAUUGCUGCUAGUAAGAUUGCACCUAAAUCAACCAUUUAUCGGAUCAUCAAGAACUUCAAGGAGAGAGAUUCAUUUAUUGUUGUGAUGCAGGCUUCAGGGCACCUAAGAAAGUCCAGCAAGUGCCAGGGCCAUCUCCUAAAGUUGAUUCAGCUGCAGACACCACCAGUGCAGAGCUUGCUCAGGGAUGGCAGCAGGCUGGUGUAAGCGCAUCUGCACACAAAGUGAGACAAAGACAUCUGGAGAAUGGUGUGGUGUGACAUUACAGACUGAUAUUUUGCAAAAGGGAUUGGACUGCAGAGGAUUGGGGUAAAGUCAUUUUUUCUAAUGAAUCCCCUUUCCGAUUGUUUGGGGCACCUGGAAAAAAGAGAAGGUGAGCACUACCAUCAGUCCUGUGUCAUGGCAACAGUAAAGCAUCCCAAGACCAUUCAUGUGUGGGGUUGCUUCUCAGCCAAGGGAUUGAGCUCACUCACAAUUUUGCUUAAGAACACAGCCCUGAAUAAAGAAUUGUACCAAAAUAUCCUCCGAGGGCAAACACUGCAAAUAUUGACUCUUUGCAUAACCUUCAUUUAAUUGUCAGUAAAAGCCUUUGAAACUUAU